UGCGGCCACUCGAAUGGCUCAUGCCUACCAUUGCGGUGCACGAGACACGUCUCGCAUGACAUUCUUACACGUAGCAGUAAAGUCACGCUUCAUCUUCGUGCAGAGCUCCCAAAGGCAGGCACCAACGGCAGCCGAAUGGAAGGAGACGGGAAAGAUAGCUCAAAGAUGACAGAGAUGAAGAAGGGAUUGGUAUCACUCACGGCUUCCCUCGAGGAAGGUUUGCAGGACGCCAAAGCCUCCGUCACAGGACUGGUGAAGAAAGCCACGGCCAAAAGUGAGCAGGAAGCGAGUGAAGCGGACCUUCAAACUGCUAAAAUGCAGGUGGAAGCAGCUGAUGCAGCCGAGAACAAGAAGAAACAGCUCCAGAUAAUAUAGAAACCUGCAUUUUAAUGCACAACUGUUACCUAUCUUGUUUUCUACAAUAAACAUCUAAUCAAAUAUAUGUGUAG